CGUCCAAUGUUCGCUGUCUGGUUUGUCAGAUGUUUGCUGGGUGCUUUCUCCGAUGUUUGCUGGCUGGUAUCUCCGAUGUUUGCUGGCUGAUUUCUCCGAUGUUCGCUGGCUGGUUCCUCUGAUGUUCGCUGACUGGUUCCCCCGAUAUUCGCUGGCUGGUUCCUCCGAUGUUCGCUGGGUGGUUUCUCCGAUGUUCGCUGGGCGGUUUCUCCGAUGUUCGCUGGAUGGUUUCUCCGAUUUUCGCUGGCUGGUUCCUCCGAUGUUCGCUUGCUGGUAUAUCUCCGAUGUUCCCUGCCUGGUUUCUCUGAUGUUCGUUGGCUGUUAUCUCUGAUAUUCACUAGCUGGUUUCUCCGAUCAUCCAAGGCUAAUUCCAGCCAAUCCAAAACUAAAGCCAGACCGUCAACCUACGCUAAUGCCAGCCUAUCAAUUAGGGCAUGCUAGCUCAUCAAAGGUUCAUAUUAAUCUAUCCUAGGCUAAAGCCAGCCUACAAUCCUAUGCUAAUGACAGUCUAUCAUCCCAAACUGGCUUAGGUUAAUGCUAGUUUACCAUCCUAGGCUAAUGCCAGCCUGUUCAAGGCUAACACUAGCGUAUCCAAGGCUAAUGCCAAUCUGUCAUCCCAAGCUAGGGUCGGUCUAUCAGUCUAGACUAACACCAGCAUAUCCUAGCCUAAGACCAGCCUGUAAUCCUAGGUUAAUGCUAGUCUACAAUUCUAUACUAAGGCCAUUCUGUAAUCCCAAGCUGGAGUCAGACUAUCAAUCUAGACUAAUACCAGCAUAGCUGAGGCUAACACCUGCUUAUCCUAGCCUAAGGCUGAUGCUAAUGCCAGCCAAUCCACUGCAACGGCAGCCAAUCUAAUGUGAACGGUAGGAAUAAUGUUAGCUGAUGCUAACACCAGCCAAAUUAAUGCUAAUGCAAGACUAUCCAAGACUAUCCUAUACUUAGGCCAGCCAAUCCUGGGCUAACGCCAGCCAAUCCAAUGCUAACGGCAGCCUAACCUAUGCCAAGCACAGCCUAUCCAAUAUUAGCUCCAUCCUAUCUGAUGCUAUUGCCAAUGCAAGUCAAUCCAAUGCUAAUUCCAGUUCAUUUGAUGCCAAUGGCAAUCCUGUGCUAAGGCCAGUAUAUCCAAUGCUAAUGCCAAUGCCUGCCGAUCUGAUGCCAACACCAGCCAAUCUGAUGCAAACACCAGCCAGUUCAAUGCUAACACUAACCGAUCCGAUGCUAGUACCAGCAAAUCUGAUGCUAAAUUAAGCCCAUCUGAUACUAAUGCUAGCCCAACCGAUCUGAUGCUAAUGCCAGUCAAUCUGAUGCUACAUCUGCCCGUUUGACGCUAACGCCAUCUGAUAUAAUGCUAAUGCCUGCCAAUCCGAUGCUCAUACCAGCCAAUCCCAUGCUAACGCCACCCAAUCUGAUGCUAGCGCCAGCCUCUCUGAUGCUGAUACAAGCUAAUUCAAUGAUGAUGAUGCUAACACCUGCCAAUCUAAUGCUAAUGCAAGCCAAUUUGAUGCUAACUGUAGCCAAUCUGAUGCCAAAGCCAGCCGAUCUGAUGCAAACUGUAGCCAAUCUGAUGCUAAAGCCAGCUGAUCUGAUGCUAACGGCAGCCAAUACGUUGCUAAAGCCAGCCAUUCUGAUGCUAACUGUAGCCACUCUGAAUCUAAAGCCAGCCAUUCUAAUGCUAACUGUAGCCACUCUGAUGCUAAAGCCAGCUGAUCUGAUGCUACCUGUAGCCAAUGUGAUGCUACCUGUAGCCAAUCUAAUUCUAAAGCCAGCCAAUUUGGUUCUAAAGCCAGCCAAUAUGACGUUAACGCCAGCCAAUCUGAUGCUAAAGUCAGCCGAUCUGAUGCUACCUGUAGCCAAUGUGAUGCUACCUGUAGCCAAUCUAAUUCUAAAGCCAGCCAGUUUGGUUCUAAAGCCAGCCAAUAUGACGUUAACGCCAGCCAAUCUGAUGCUAAAGACAGCCGAUCUGAUGCUACCUGUAGCCAAUGUGAUGCUACCUGUAGCCAAUCUAAUUCUAAAGCCAGCCAGUUUGGUUCUAAAGCCAGCCAGUUUGGUUCUAAAGCCAGCCAAUAUGACGCUAACGCCAGCCAAUCUGAUGCUAAAGUCAGCCGAUCUGAUGCUAACGGCAGUCAGUAUGAUCCUAACUGUAGCCAAUCUGAUGCUAAAGUUAGCCGAUGUGAUGCUAACUGUAACCAAUCUGAUGCCAAAGCCAGCCGAUCUGAUGCUAAAGCCAGCCAAUAUGACGCUAACGCCAGCCAAUCUGAUGCUAAAGUCAGCCGAUCUGAUGCUAACGGCAGUCAGUAUGAUCCUAACUGUAGCCAAUCUGAUGCUAAAGUUAGCCGAUGUGAUGCUAACUGUAACCAAUCUGAUGCCAAAGCCAGCCAAUAUGACGCUAACGCCAGCCAAUCUGAUGCUAAAGUCAGCCGAUCUGAUGCUAAUGGCAGCCAAUAUGAUCCUAACUGCAGCCAAUCUGAUGCUAAAGCCAGCCACUUGAAGCUAAUGCUGGCCAAGUGGUUCUGAUAGGCAGCAGAGGAAAUAGCCAAUCCAGCCUAGGCAUGCUGGUCAGGAGCGAAUUUCCGCAGCUAGGAGAAUGUGGUACCACUAAACAUGGCGGUGAGUAACAGCUCCUCCUGGCGAGGCUUUGCAAAUGUAACCAUGGAGAUGCAUCUGCACCCUCUGGACAGAGGCGUUCAGCAGGUCUGCUCAGUGUGAACACAGCUAUGUUUUCUGUUUCUGUCAUGGCAUUUUUCCUUGUUUU